AUGUUGCUGCCAGUCAGUUUGUCUCGGUUCCGUGGUGCUCUACUUGGGGAACUCGCCGGGGAUUGCCUUGGAUCUGUGUUUGAGGGGAUGGACAGAGUGUCCCGGGAGUGUGUGUGCGAUUUCUUAAAGGAGGUGGACAGAGGAGACCGAGUAGAAGACGACCUAACAUACACAGAUGACACAGCCAUGGCAAGGUGUUUGGUGCAGUCGCUGUAGGACAAACCAGAAUUUAAUGCAAAUUACUUAGCUCAACGGUUUACCAAUGAGUAUCUCACAGACCCAGAUCGAGGAUAUGGGAUGGCUGUUGUAGUUGUAUUUAAGAAACUGGGAUGUGGACAGUAUGUUAAUGUGUUUUCUCCUGCUAAGGAGCAGUUUAAUGGAAAAGGGUCAUUUGGAAAUGGAGCAGCAAUGAGGGUGGUAGGAGUACCAUUGGCCUACCCCACCGUACAGGACAUCAUAAAGUAUGCCAAACUGAGUGGACAGCUGACCCAUGCCUCGUCUCUGGGUUACAAUGGAUCCAUACUUCAGGCCCUGGCAGUGCACUAUGCCCUACAAGUGGAACAGAGUUGGGAGACCUUUCUACAGCACCUUUUGGGACACAUGAAAGAGGUGGAAGCAGAUGAAAAGUCUCUUUCUGAUGUGAGGGAACUGGAUCUGGGAGAAUUCCCUUAUUGUAACAGGUUGAAGAAAAUACAAACUUUUCUAGAAAAAGGCCCUGUUACGAGGGAGGUUGUGGUAAAUGAGUUGGGUAAUGGGAUUGCUGCCCUGGAGUCAGUUCCUACUGCAAUCUACUCAUUCCUGCGUUACAUGGAACCUGUAGAUGAGCUACCUAAAGAAUACAACAGCCUGCAGUGCACUAUUGCAUUUUGUAUAUCUCUGGGGGGUGAUACAGACACUAUUGCCACCAUGGCUGGAGCAAUUGCUGGAGCAUACCAUGGUGUGGAGCAGAUGCCACUGAACUGGAAGCUCAGUAUUGAGGGUCAUAAGGAUGCAGAGAAUUGGGGGGAAAAGCUGCACGAGUUGUAUAAUAAGAGACUGGAAACACUCACGUCCUAAACAUAUAUAAACUGAGAACCAAGAAGGACUGCUAACAUAGAUCAUUUGCUUGUAACGCACAUCAGUAGACCUGACAACUAAUUUUACAAUAUUAAAUGUAUUAUUCAAAUCAAAUAUUUAUCUUAAUCAAGAGCAAAUAUAAUAGAAA